AGCCAGAUAGACACAGGCGGGCGAGGUCCAACCGCAGAGCGAGCAGCAUCCAACAGGCGAGGCGAGUAAAGUGGUAGUGUGCUGCUUGGAGAUAAACCCACCGAGAGAGAGCGAAGAUAUUGAACAUUUUCAAGCUGAAUGAAAAUCACUAUUUUAAAUUUAUUCAGAAUUGACUCUAAAUCCGUCUGUUUCAUGAAAAACUUUGUAUUUCUGGACGUAAAAUACGAUUUAUUGCAUAGGUUGGGCUAGCCUAGCAAGGAAGUGUUUACAGUAGUACAGAGUCACAACGGAGCGACCCCACACGAGCUGAGCAGCUAAUAAAAGCCGGUCUUUCUAGGCUACACCAGGCAAGAUGGAUUCAGCUCUAAAAUACUUGCAUGUAGACCGUAACAAGGUCGCAGACCCUACUGCACAAGCAGAAUGGUCUGCAAAGAAAUUAGUAUGGAUUCCCGAUGAACAAGAAGGCUUUGUUGCUGCCUCUGUAAAAAGUGAAAAAGGUGAAGAAGUUACAGUGGAAUUGGAAGGAGGAAAAAGAGUGGUUGUCAAUAGGGAUGAUAUACAAAGGAUGAAUCCUCCUAAAUUUGAAAAAGUCGAAGACAUGGCGGAGUUGACAUGCCUUAAUGAAGCUUGUGUAUUAUACAAUUUAAAAGAUCGGUACUAUUCUGGCCUAAUAUAUACAUAUUCUGGAUUGUUUUGUGUGGUGGUGAACCCAUACAGGAACCUACCGAUAUACACAGAAAAAGUAAUUCAAUUGUACAAGGGCAAGAAACGUCAUGAGGUUCCCCCGCACAUCUACGCCAUCACAGACACUGCAUAUAGAAGCAUGUUGCAAGAUCGAGAAGAUCAGUCCAUCCUUUGCACAGGUGAAUCCGGAGCUGGUAAGACCGAAAACACCAAAAAGGUGAUACAGUAUCUAGCCUACGUUGCAGCCAGCAGAGGCGCGAAAGCCGGUAUAACAUUGACUCCACAAGCUUUACAGGUACAGGAACAAGCCCUUAACUUUUCGAAAGCGGCAGGGGGCCUAGGUCGAGGUGCUAUCGGUGAACUAGAGGCGCAACUACUCCAGGCCAAUCCGAUUCUAGAGUCAUUCGGCAACGCAAAGACGGUGAAAAAUGACAACUCUUCACGAUUUGGUAAAUUCAUCCGCAUCAACUUUGACACAUCGGGCUACAUUGCAGGAGCCAGUAUUGAAACUUAUUUAUUGGAGAAGGCCCGAGUUAUCCGCCAGCAAUCGACUGAAAGAACCUUCCACUUCUUCUAUCAGAUGCUUAUGGGUACCACACCAAAACAGAAAGAGGAGUUUCUGAUAACAGAUGCUUCCAAGUACAAGUUCCUGUCGAAUGGCAACGUGCCAGUCGCUGGGGUCGACGACAAGUCUGAAUUCAACAGCACCAUGGAAGCAUUUGAAAUCAUGGGCGUCAGCAAAGACGAUGUCAAAUCCAUCCUGAAAGUUGUGUCAGGUGUUAUGAAGUUCGGCAACAUGGAGUUCAAACAGGAAAGGAACUCAGACCAGGCAACACUACCCGACUCGACGGUUGCCCAGGAACUGUGUUCUCUUCUUGGUAUGAAGUACCUGGACUUCGCCAAAGCCCUCACCAGACCGAAGCUCAAAGUUGGACGUGAUAUGGUCCACAAAUCACAAACCAAGGAACAGGUUGAGUUUGCCUGUGAGGCCUUAGCCAAGUCUAUCUACGAGCGACUCUUCAAAUGGAUCGUAACCCGCAUCAACCGUUCACUGGACCGAACCAAGCGGACAGGUGCCUCCUUCAUUGGAAUCCUCGAUAUUGCUGGAUUUGAAAUCUUCAAGAUGAAUUCGUUUGAGCAACUUUGCAUCAACUACACCAACGAGAAACUACAACAGCUGUUCAACCACACUAUGUUCAUCUUGGAGCAGGAAGAGUACCAGAAGGAAGGCAUUGAUUGGAAUUUCAUUGACUUUGGACUUGACCUUCAACCUUGCAUUGACCUCAUCGAGAAGCAAGGAGGCAUCUUGUCACUUCUUGAUGAUGAAUGCUGGUUUCCCAAAGCAACAGACAAGACAUUUGUAGACAAGGUUGUCAAGGAGAAGGAGGGACAUCCCAAGUUCCAAAAAGCCGAUUUCAGGGACAACGCAGACUUCUGUAUCAUGCAUUAUGCAGGAAAGGUUAAUUACAGUGGCACAGGAUGGCGUGUAAAGAACAUGGAUCCCAUAAACGAUAAUGUCGUCAACAUGCUUCAAAAUUCCAACAACGAAUUCAUCAGCAAGAUCUGGCAGGAUGCUGUCAUCGUCAGCAUGAGUGCCAUGACAGGCGGUAAGAGCGAGAACGUGUUUGGACGCUCAGCACGCAAGGGAAUGUUUAGCACUGUUAGUCAAUUGUAUAAGGAACAGUUGAACAAACUGAUGAUCACACUACGAAACACCAAUCCCAACUUUGUCCGUUGUAUCAUUCCAAAUCAUGAGAAGAAGGCCCAGAAGAUCACAUCGCCACUGGUGUUGGAACAACUGCGGUGUAAUGGUGUGCUCGAGGGAAUCCGUAUCUGCCGUCAAGGUUUCCCAAACAGAGUUAUAUUCCAGGAAUUCAGACAGAGGUAUGAAAUUCUAACACCACACAUUAUCCCGAAAGGCUUCAUGGACGGUAAAAAGGCAGUCCAGAAAAUGAUUGAGGUCCUUGAGCUCGAUAAAAACUUGUACCGUCUCGGUCAGAGCAAAAUCUUCCUUCGUGCUGGUGUGUUGGCUCAUCUAGAAGAGGAACGAGAUCUGAAACUCACCGACAUAAUCACGCGCUUCCAAGCUGCUUGUAGAGGGGUGCUUGCUCGCAGGAACUACAUGAAGCGACUGCAGCAACUGAGUGCCAUCAGAAUUAUUCAACGUAACUGCCUGGCUUACCUGAAACUGAGAAACUGGCAGUGGUGGCGAUUGUUCACUAAAGUGAAGCCGCUGUUGAACGUAACACGACAAGAAGACGAUAUGCGUACAAAAGAAGAACAGCUUAAGAAAGUUGUGGACAAACUGGAGGUGAUCGAGACAGAUUAUGUUGAGAUGAAACAGAAGUAUUCGCAAGUUAUGGAAGAGAAGAACAUUCUCGCUGAGCAGCUAGCAGCCGAGGCCGAACUCAGCCAGGAAGCUGAAGAGAUGCGACAGCAACUUGCUGCAAAGAAACAACAACUAGAGGACGUACUACAUGACUUGGAAGCUCGGGUCGAAGAAGAGGAAGACCGCGGCAUGAGAUUGGAAGAAGAAAAGAAGAAAUUGUUGGUGAAUAUAGGAGACUUGGAGGAACAACUUGAAGAAGAGGAAGCCUCUCGCCAAAAACUUCAACUUGAAAAAGUUUCUGCUGAUGCCAAAAUCAAGAAGCUAGAAGAAGACUUAGCAAUGAUUGAUGACACAUAUGCUAAGCUUGUAAAAGAAAAGAAAUCUAUGGACGAACGUAUGGGUGACCUCUCAAUGACCUUAGCAGAGGAAGAAGAAAAGAACAAAGGUCUAGGAAAACUGAAGACAAAAUACGAGUCAAUGAUCAGUGAAGUGGAACAGAAGCUUCGGCAGGAAGAAAAGGGUCGCCAAGAUGUAGAACGAAGCAAGCGAAAGUUGGAUGCUGAAUCUAGUGACCUUCGGGACCAAAUUGCUGAACUGCAGCAACAGAUUGAUGAACUUCGUGCUCAGCUCGCCAAACGUGAAGAAGAACUGAACAUAGCAUUGGCCAAAAUUGAUGAGGAAAUUUCUCUGAAAAAUGCCGCACUGAAAGAGAACCGUGAUCUGCGCUCGCAAGUAAAGGAAAUACAGGAGGAUCUUGAGGCAGAGAAAGAACAACGCACCAAAGUGGACAAACAGAAGAAAGAUCUUGGUGAGGAAUUGGAGGCCUUGAAGUCCGAGCUUCUGGAUUCGCAGGACACCACUGCCGCCCAGCAGGACCUCCAGAACAAGAGGGAGAAUGAACUAACGCACCUGCGCAAACAAAUUGAGGAUGAGACUGCCAAACAUAACCAGCAGGUCAGCGAAAUGCGACAGAAGCACCACCACGCUACAGAAGAGCUCAACGAACAACUUGAUGCUCUCAAGAAGACAAAGACCAGUCUGGAAAAGAAUAAGAAUGCCUUGGAUAAUGCUCACCACGAAACACAGAAUGAGCUGAAGGCAUCGAUUCAAGCCAAACAGGAAUCGGAAAGAAAGCGCAAGAAUCUCGAAGCACAACUUUCCGAGCUCAACGUACGCUUGUCGGAGAUGGAGCGAAGCAAAAAUGAGUUCCAAGAAAAGUCGGCCAAGCUGCAGGCUGAAGUGGAGAACACAGUUACUGCUCUUGAGGAGAGCGAGACCAAAGCAUCACAUGCAAGCAAGUCAUCCAGCUCACUAGUUGCCCAACUCGCUGAGACUCAGGAAUCUUUGAACGAGGAGACUAGACAGAAACUAGCACUAAACACCAAACUCCGACAAGCCCAGGAGAAGCUUGAUCAAUUGCAAGACCAGCUAGAGGAAGAAGAGGAAGCUAAGGUCAACGUCCAACGUCAACUUACCACUAUCCAAAACCAGUUGGCUGAAUCUAAGAAGAAGCAGGCCGAUGAUGCCUCCUCGCUUGAGAGCUCCGAGGAAGCACGCAAGAAGCAUGUUCGUGAGUUGGAAGCACUCCACACCGAGAUUGAAGAACUUCAAGCCAGCAACGACAAACUUGAGAAGACAAAGAGAAAGCUUCAUGAAGAGUUGGAUGACAUCAACCUGGAUUUGGAUAAGAUGCGCACCAAGGAAAUAGAGCUGACGAAACGCCAGAAGAAGUUUGACUCGAUGCUUGCUGAUGAACGUGCUCAGAAGGACCGCAUCCAGCAAGAGAAGGAGCAAGCUGAAAGGGAGGCUCGUGAAAAAGAGACAAAGGUAAUGAGUCUAAACCGAGAGUUGGAAGAACUGCAGGAUAAGUUGGAGGAUGUUGAAAGGAACUACAAGGUGCAACGACAAGAAAUUGACGAGUUGAUGUCUUCCAAAGACGAUGUCGGCAGAAAUGUGCAUGAUCUGGAGAAAGCUAAACGCUCAAUGGACAGCCAAAUGGAGGAGAUGAGAACCCAGAUGGAGGAGCUGGAGGAUGAGUUACAAGCAACCGAGGAUGCUAAGCUACGACUUGAAGUUAACCUCCAAGCAGCUAAAUCCCAGUACGAUCGAGACCUGCAAGCCAAGGAGGAACAGGCUGAGGAGCGCCGCCGUGGCCUCAUCCGACAGCUACGAGAAAUGGAAGCAGAGCUGGAGGAAGAGCGCCGCCAACGUACCGCAGCUGUGUCUGCUCGUAAAAAGCUUGAGGGAGACCUUAAGGAGUUGGAAGGUGUCGUUGAGAACGCCAACCGAAUCAAGGAAGACAGCGUCAAGCAACUCCGAAAGUUCCAGGCUCAAUCUAAGGAUUUAUUGGCCGAGUUGGAUGAAAGCCGUCAAGGACGUGAAGAGGCAGUGGCCAGCGCCAAGGAGCACGAAAAGAAGUUCAAGGGAUUGGAGGCGGACUACUUACAAUUGCAAGAGGAACUUGCCCUGGCCCAACGUGCCCGCCGCAAUGCCGAGUCCGAGCGGGAUGAGCUUGCCGAUGAACUCGGCAGCAACUCUUCCAAGGUACAGACGCUGACCGACGAGAAGAAGCGACUUGAGCAGCGUCUUUCUCAACUGGAGGAAGAGUUGGAGGACGAGACAAAUGCCGCAGAGGCUCUCUACGACAAGGAACGCAAACUUCUUACACAGGUUGACCAGUUAACCGCUGAACUGGAAACAGAACGUUCUUCCAACCACCACCUCGAAAACAACCGCUCCACGCUGGAGAGGCAGAACAAAGAACUACGCGCCAAACUUGCGGAGAUGGAGAACUCAAUGAAAUUGAAGAUGAAGUCGCAAAUCCAGUCAUUGGAGACCAAAGUUCAACAGUUGGAAGAACAGCUGGAUGUGGAGACCAGAGAACGCCAGUUGGCUGUACGAACCGCUCGUAAGACGGAGAAGAAGAUGAAGGAGCAGUCGUUGAACAUAGAAGAGGAGCGUCGCCAUGCUGAUUCCUACAAGGACCAGGUUGAUAAAGCCACAAACCGCGUUAAGAUGUUGAAACGACAACUUGACGAGGCUGAAGAGGAGACGUCGCGCGUCAACGCCAGCAAGCGCAAGCUGCAGCGAGACUUGGACGAACAAGUAGAGUCGAAUGAGAGUCUAACAAGAGAACUUAACCAAGUCAAGAGCCGUCUAAGAUCUGGAGGUAGCAGUGGUUUGAGCGGUCGAAGCGCACGCAGCGGAUAUUCCCGUCACAAGCAGUCCGCGGACAGUGCCAGCUCUGGCAACGAAGUUGAUGGUGGAACUACCGCAGAUAUUGAGGACUAAACCAACGUUCGGUUAUCUAAUAAUUCAACCGACGCCAUUUUUUUGUAGUUCAUUGCAAGAAAUUUCAAUCCAAGUAAUAGAAUAUUUUGUAAUUAAUUAGGUUGAAUAAACCAAUUUUUUGUAUUGAUUAAGCAGAAGUUUUUAAAAAGUCUACGAUAGGGACUUCUAAUACAGUGGAUCGCUGAUAACAUUCGCAAAUCGUAUUGUUAGGUUUAGCUUGUAUGUACUACUAUUAACUGUUGUUCUAACAAUCACCAUAUGCAAACAAUUGGGGGAGAAACAUUUAACUGGUGAAUAUUGAAAAAAAAAUUGUAGAUUACAUUUUGAGGUGAAAGGUUAUGCUGUGAUAAUUCCAGGUUACAUGAUGUCAUUGACCUUUGACAUGAUAUCUCAAGUCAUUAGCACUUGGUCUCUCUAUGCACCAGAUCUGGUUUCAUAUUGUAAUUGGUAAAAAAAAAGGUUACCUUCGUUUUCUUGUAUUUUUGCUAUGAAUUUUUAGGCAGAUAAUGCCUACAUUAUUAAUGCUGAUAGUGCAGUAGAUUGCUUUUACUUGCAUAUACUUCAUAAAUGAGUUUUUCCCCGUUAAAAAAAAAAAUUAAAAAUAGAUGGAUUAGUAGGUGAAAUGAAAGGCCAUUUGUAUUGUAGAUUAAAUAAGCAUUUUCUCCUUGCAGUACAAUGACCAAAGUUUGACCAAAAGAGAGACAAUAUAGUUCGCCGUGUAUGCUCGUUCUCAAGUAAAUAAUGACAAAAAUACCAUAAUGGGGAAAAAAAUGUAAUAAAAUAAUGAAUAUAUACAAUUUUUUUUUUAAUUUUUUGAUAAAUGUAGCAUUAUAUUUGAAGUCCAGCCAUGAUCUGAUUAUUAUUGUUAUUGAUUAUUCUUUGUUCGGUUGCAUUUAAUGCUGCUGUCAGCCUUAUUGUCUUAAUUAUUACCAUUACGUUUCACGGUAUUCUCGAGCAAUGUAACCAUCGUGUUACAUAAAUUCAAUAGCCAAAGACAGGGAUUAACUUACUUCUACAUAGCAUAUUAUAUAUUUUGGAUAUCAAUUUGGUAUGAAAUUAAUAUUAAUAAUGAUUUAGUCAUAUUUUUAGUUUUCAAACUUUUGGUAGUACAGUAUUUCUUACAAUAAUAAUGUAGAUAAAUCUAACCGAAAUAAUGAUGUCGACAAAAAUUUUGAUUAAAUUUCUCGAAAAGAAAAGUAUGUUGUUUAAUUAAGAUGACUUGUAUUUUUUGAUUUAGAAUAAUGCACUUUUUAUGUUGGUAGGCAGUUGUAUGUUCCAAUGGAAUACUGCACUUGCUACGUAGUUGAUCAACCGUUUAUUACAUAAUAUUAUGGUUCCUUUUAUUGAAACUCCAUGGCAACAAAUUAACAUAGUUUAACAAAAAUGAUAUAUUAACAAAAAUUAAUUAAUAUAAUGUAAAAUACAUUACUAUUUAGCAUUUGAGAGUUAUAAUAGUAGUAAUAUUAAUACUCGUUAUUGGAUAUUCUCAUAAAAUUUUCUAGUAAUACCUCCUUGACAACUGCUUGGUUAGCAACACUGCCACCACCUACAGUUUUAAUUUGACAAUUUUUGUAUUUGACAACGUAUUCUAUAUAAUUUGUUUUGCUUGCAUUUUCAACAGUUGGUGCAUAGAAUUCUAUGUGUUGUAUUGCAGGAAAAAAAAUGUAGUUGAUUCAACACAUUGUUUGGAUUUUGGAAAUCCCAAAAUACAGGUGUUUCUCAUUUUGUUUCAAUUGCAUAUUAAUUAGCAAAGGAAGGUACACGGACAGUGCAGCAUAUUGAAUGAACCAAACACGAUCAUUACUUAAGAACUGUAUAAAUAAAUGAAAUUUGCGCAUGUAAAAAAGUGAAUAGAUUAAAUUGAAAACUGAGGGCGUUUUGUAAACCAAACAGCCAAGUUUGAUUGUUAUUGUUGAAACUGUGAGGGCGCUAUUUGUAUCUUUAUUUUGAUGCGGUUCUUUUGGAUUUUUCGCACUUUGUUUUAAAGUUUGAGUUGGUGAGCUGUUUGUAGACUGCAAUUUGUAGUGUUCUCCUAUCCUUUUACGCAAAGAUGAAAAUGUUGAUUAUUCAUAUCAUGAUGCUAAGUAUCUUGGUCUGGCGAUUUUAAACUCAUUGACCUGUAAAACAAUAAUUGCUCACGUAAAAAUAGACGAAUCCAAAACGAAUCUACAAUCAUAAUACUUAUGAAUUAUUCUUAAGAUAUCAUGCAUAAUUCAUUAAAACUAAAUAUGUUAUUCAUGUUGGUUUUGUCUGUAAACUUGUUGGACAAUGAUCAGAAUGUUAAAUAUUGGCCAUCACUCCAUACAGAGUAGAUCUUACAAAGCUUAAUAAAUAAAAUGCUAAGAAGAAAAUGCCAA